AAGUUCUUUUGUUUGUGGUCCGCGUCUUCCUUUCAACUUUCUGAGACAACAGUGUAAUAUAUUUUGGAUCUUUUGAUCCAUUUUUAAUGGCUGCCUUAUUGCGCGGUUGAAUGGUUGCUUUAAUUUAAACAUGAGUGAUUAUUCUUCUAUGGCUACGUUUCAAAAUAAUAGCCAAACGGGGGGUUUUGCGGCUGCUGUACAACGUGCUAGAUUGGUUGCCGCUAAGAUCGAAGGUGGUGGUAGCAAGAGACCUUUAGAAGACGUGUCUGAAUCCGGACCAACUCCUAAAAAAUUAGCGCCGAUUGACCCUUAUCCGACUCAACAACAACAAAAUAUGAGUGCGACAGCAGCAGCGGCGGCGGCAGCAGCAGCGGCUGCAGCGCGUAUAUCCACCGCCCCCCCACCAGCACCCCCAUCUGCCCCCCCUAAUAUGAACAUGCCCGACUCGGCCAUCAACGAAUACAUUAGGGUCCCGGAUAAAAUGGUCGGACUUAUCAUAGGUCGCGGUGGGGAGCAGAUCACCCGUCUGCAAGCGGAGUCUGGCUGCAAGAUACAGAUGGCACCGGACUCUGGCGGACAACCUGACCGGCUGUGUACACUCACAGGUUCAAGGGAGGCAAUCAACAGAGCUAAAGACUUAGUGAAUCAAAUCGUGAAUCAUCGGGGGCGGGAGAACGCUCCUCAACAUCAAGACGGGCCUGGGGCUAUGCCCCCCAUGAACAGGGGCGCCGGUGGCGGCAGCGGAGGCCUGGCUAUUACUGAAGAAAUUAUGUUACCCGGACCCAAAGUUGGUCUGAUUAUUGGUAAGAAUGGAAAAACUAUCAAGCAAUUACAAGAACAAUCCGGAGCCAAAAUGGUGGUUAUCCAGGAGGGGCCCAACACUGAAUAUGAGAAACCCCUCCGUAUAUCCGGAGAUCCGUCCAAAGUGGAGCACGCUAAACAGCUGGUGUACGAACUGCUGGCUGACAAGGAGAUGCAACAGGGCGGACAGCAGCGGCAGUAUGAGGACGGAUAUCCACAGGAACAGGGGAACGGACUGGCCACUAACAGCACUGAGGUCCUGGUACCGAAAGUAGCUGUGGGUGUAGUGAUCGGUCGUGGUGGGGAUAUGAUCAAGAAAAUCCAGGCGGAUACGGGCUGCAGAGUGCAGUUCCAUCAGGAGAGAGAUGACGGUCCAGGGGAUAAAAGAUGUUACCUACAAGGAAAACCACAUCAAGUGGAUCAAGCUAGACAAAUGAUAGAGGAUCUCAUAUCUAGUGUCAAUUUGGCGAUCCGUUCUGGUCGAGGUCGUAACGCUCAGAGGAACGGCAGCGAGCGAGACUACCCUCAGUGGGAAGGUCAGGGCCAGGAGGUGAGGGUCACGUUCACCGUCUCCAGUGUCAAGUGUGGACUCAUUAUAGGAAGAGGUGGUGAAGUAAUAAAGCAGAUCAAUGCACAGUCCGGAGCCCACUGCGAGCUGGACAGACGGGCACAGAACAACGAUCGUAAUAACAGAGUGUUCUACAUAAGGGGACACCCAGACGCUGUGGAGAUGUGCAAGAGAAUCAUUAUGGAGAAAGUUGGAAUGCCAGUAAAUUUCGUCCCGGACAACGGUAAUGGCAACACCAGUAGUAAUAAUAGCGGUAGUGGCGAAUACUACGGCCAACCCCCAGCCCCUGGACCGUCAGCGUGGGGUUACAACCCUCAUUGGCAUCAUACGCAGCAUCAGCAACAGCAACAAGUCCAAAUUAACCCGACAACGGGCCAGCCAGACUACUCCCAGCAGUGGAUAGACUACUACCGCUCACUGGGUCUGAUGCACGAGGCUGAAGCUGUCGAACAACAGGCCAAGCAGCAAAAGCAACAGCAGCAGCAGCAACAGCAGCAACAACAACAGCAGCAGCAACAGCAACAAGGAGGAGGUUCGUCCGGUAGCGGCGCUGGGGGAUCCACACCCGGGGCGGGGUCACCGGCACCCGUCGCCGACUACAGCGCACAGUGGGCCGAGUACUACAGGAGCAUUGGCAAGACUAAAGAGGCCGAGGCUAUCGAGACACAGAUCAAACUUAAGCAACAGCAACCAGCAACGAAUGUAUCUCAACCAGCUCAGGCCACGCCUCCGAACUCUUCGUCUUCUGUCAACAAUCAGUACGGACAGUACGGCGGAUACCCGCCCGUGUACCCUUACCCUUACCCGUACCCCGGGGUAGAUCAACAACAGCAUCAACAAUGUGAGUAGUAGACCAGCCGGCCGUACAUCGGAAACUAGAAGAUACAACUCCAUUUUAGAUCGUAAAUUUAUAAUAAGCAACACGUUAAAUAAUUUACACCCACAAUAAAUAAACAACGGUAUGCCAGUUCGGAAACGGCGCGUCAUCGUAAUUAAUAUAUAAAAAAAUCGACAUAUCUUUAUUUCUUGUGGGUAAGACCGAAUAUUGUGAGUCAUAUACAUGAGAUUAUUUUCUACGUCUGAUCACUUACAACGCUAACUAUCUAGGGCCGUGUGGUAUAUCGUUUAGCAAUGUGUUUGUCUAUGCCGGUUUUGAUAAUGUCGUGCCAGUCUGUCCAGGUUAUAACUUAGAAUGCCACACUGCCUAAAACCGAUGUAACAGAGAGGUCCGGAGCUUAUAACAGACAAAAGAAACUGAGAGUAUUGAGAAAGAAAUACAACGCAGCAUCCGGAGAUAUGAGGUAAAUGCACCGACGAGUGAAGUAGCUAUCACACACAUUGGUACAUACUAUGUAUUACAGAGACGAGGUCGCCAGCACGCCAGUAACAAUAACAUAUAUAUAUAAUGAUUGUCUAAAAAAUAUACAAUAACCUCAAAUCCGUUUAAGAAAUGUUUAGUUUUAAGUCUGGGAUGUCGCGGACUCUCUCGGCUCAUAUUACAUUAGGUUUUAUAGUUACAUAAUUUAGAUAUAUGUUAAUUGAAUUAAAAAAAAAAACAACCUAGCUUUGGUAAUUAGGCGUAUUAAGUGUCGAUUGGAUAUAUGAUAACUACCUAAUAUUGUUUACACAAUAGGGGCUGAUUGAAGAACUAUAGUUCGCCGGGUGUUUACCGAUUAAUUGUAUUUAAUAUUAAGAUAUAAAGUGUAUGUUGAUUGA